AUGACGUCUCUCGCUUCCCCCUCGCCUGCUUCUUCUUCGUUUCCUCCAAACCCCACAACUCCUCCAUAUCCAAAUGAUCUCGAAUGGAUCACUGCAUACUUGACAAUACACUCGCUCAGCGUGCCCAGCCGUCGAUAUUCAUUCUUGCUCUGGAUAGCAGUCGUUUUUAUCUUCUUGGUGUUUGCCAUCCUUCAUUGGACAGGCUCACGAGGUGGUAUCUUCGGGGCUUACUGGACAAAAUGGUUUCUGCGCCGGAGAACAUGGAGGAAGAAGCAUAGUCUUGCACCACUCUCAUUACCGUCAAAUGCCCAACUUCUUUGCCUGGCCGUUCUACUUCUUGCAUCCUUAGCCCUAACAUUUGUAGGUCCGGAUUAUAUUGCGCCCUCCGAGAAGGUAUGGCAGCCUCAGUAUACUAUAUCAAAGUCUUGGUGGUCAUCCUCAGCCCGAACAGGUCAAAUCGCCUUCGCACUGUUCCCCCUAUGCGUUCUUUUUGCUUUAAAGUCCCCUCCUUUUGCCGUAUUCGCCAUUCCUUUCAUGAUCCAGCUCUUUUUUGACAAGCUGGCCUGGCUUCAUCGCUGGUCUGGCCGACUUAUUUGGUUCUUGACUGCAGUUCACGUUGCCCUGUGGAGUGUUCAAUUGGCCACAGACAUCAGAACUCAAACAGGAAAAGUAGCAUACACAUACACUUGGUUAUAUAUGCCAUUCAUUUAUGGCUGGAUUGCUUUUGGCUUCUUGACUUUCUUGAUUAUAUUGUCUAUACAUCCCAUACGGAGGAGGUAUUAUGAGGCAUUCUACUUCCUCCAUGUCUUACUUGUUCCUCUUACUCUGGUCUUUGCGGCUUUCCACCAUCCUACCGUUUGGUGGUGGUGUUGGGCUGCCCUGGUCUUAUGGGGUGGCGAACGUCUCUGGCGAGCAACUUGGUGGAUGCAUAGUAAUGGCUUUUUGGGCGGCAUGAUUUCUCCCAAGGCACAAAGAUUAGCCGCUACUCCAUAUACAAUUCGUUCGCCGCAAGAUACUUGGGAGUUAAAUCAUCUUCAUUCACUUAACCCCGAACCGCUGCGGUCACCACUUGAUAAACAUGAUACUCGUCCUCCUAGUCCUCUCAGUUCCUAUUAUCAAUCACAUGACUCCUCAGCCAAUAAUAAAGGAUACCCUCCAGCUUCUCUCAUCAUUUCUCCAACAUCUACUUUCACAAAACACGAUCGCUCCCCGCCGUCAACGCCCCCUCCACCAUCAUAUAUUCCACCACCUGGAUUUGCCCUUGCUGAACUUUUACCUGGCAGGACUAUCCGCCUCCGGCUCGUCACUCCAGGGUUUCAUUCCUGGGCACCUGGCCAACAUUUUCUCAUCAACAUCCCGUCUGUAUCCAGAUUAACAUCUCAUCCGUUCACCUCAGCUUCCGUGUGCGACGAGCAAGCCCAGACUGACGAGGGACGCGUGAUAGUUAUGCUUAUUCGUGCUAAGGGCGGAUGGACGCAGGACCUGUGGAACGCGAUAACCCGCCUCACAGAACAGGGUCUGCGUAACCCACCAAACGAGGAACCCCCAGAAAAUUUCACAGGUCGUAUGAGCUAUGGAGUUUUACUACGAGCUUACGUAGAUGGACCCUUUGGAAGCUCAAUAAGGGCUCGAUGGGGAGACCAUUCCACCGUUUUGAUUGUCGCUGGCGGCUCGGGAGUAAGUUUCGGUCUCUCUAUCCUGCAGUACAUUUGUCUUUGCCUCUCCGGCAGAGACGGGCGAUAUCUCGGGGGCCGCCCGGGAGGUUGGGGGAAGAAAAGGCUACUCACUACACGUGUACGAUUCAUAUGGCUCGUGCGUGAAUACUCUCAUAUCCAGUGGUGUGCAUCUAUCCUCCGAAGAUGUCUUUCCAUGCUUCCAUCUUCCGCCAUUCAAGUGGACAUCUUUAUAACGAACUUCCAGCCUACCGUCAAGUCUCCAGAUAUUCCUACACUUCGACGCCCACCGCCUUCCCUCUAUCCCAGUGGGUCUUUUAACACCAUUGACCUUGCACCACCUUUGCCUAGUUUUGCACGUGGAGGAACUAGCCCAUCUCACGGACGUGCCGACUCCGUAGAAUCUAUCGAGAGUCACGAUAGUUCUGCUGACAGUGAUGUCGAUCUGAGUUAUUACACUGGAGAAUAUAUGGACGACGAAAUAGAAUCUGCUGACAUCGGUCUCGCUCAUCGAACCAAUAUGCUCGAGCUUACGAACUUUGACGGAGACGACGAUACUGCGUUGCCAGGGGAGGAUGUGUUGAAUAAGAAGGUUAAGAAGGAGGGUAAACUGCGGCGAGCUCAGUCUAGGAGGCUGGAUAGAAUGUCGGUUCGACUGGUUCCUGCAACAAAGCCAGACGAACGGAGUGACUUGGGAACGCGAGAGCCGAGCGGGUCUCGUAAGCCAAAACGCAUACAGGACAGGCUUUCCGUCGUGUCCUCACACUCUACAGAUCGACUUCUUCCGAUAUCGCCUCUAAGUGAUCGCACAUCUGUCAUCUCACCAAUCGACUCACCGAGUCCGCUAGCUGUGUUAAACGACCAUGGUGCUUGGAGGAAAGGAAAUGCACUGAUUUCACCGAUCUCAACUGCAGAGAGUUCAAGGACACUGCUCACGCCAACAAUGUCACGCGGGGAAACCCUGCUCACAUCAAGUACGUCGGAUGAUAAAACAGGGUUUGCGAACAGACAUGGCGGGAUCUCGCAACUGAGAGAUAGAAACAGCGACGGAUUGGGAAGACUGAAGGUGAACGAACAAGAGGUGGUUGAUGCUGGUGUGGUUGCGGAGCAUGCACGACUUGGGAAGCCAAAGCUAGAUCGGAUAAUAGCUGAUGAAGUCGAGCACUCAAAGGGCUCCGUCAUCGUUGCCUGUUGCGGGCCCACUUCACUCAACGCAAUGGUACGAAAGAUAAUUGCUGGUCAAAUUGAUCCCGGCCGAAUACGGCGUGGUGAUUUACGUGGUUCUAUAGUGCUUGUAUCAGAAGAAUUUGAAUAUUGAGUCUUGGACUUUUAGAGAACUUUUUUUUCUUUCUUUUCUUUACGACAUACGUAGUACUUGGCUUUUUUUCAAGUCAAAGUUUAUCGGACGAUAUACGGAAAUUACUCACUUCUCCUUCGCCUCCUUUCAAUUGUAUCUUAUCCCAGCAUCACACGUAGUUUUAGAUGUUUUAUCAAGUGUAACUUUUUUUUAUGGAGUGAUGGCUUGCUGUAAUUUU